AUGGACAGCGGCAAAGUCACUGUGCAGGUGAUCUCGCAUGCGCCGGGUGACCUGUCCGUGGACGCCUGCCGGCAGUGCAAUGACCAGCUCGCCGAAGCCGUGCGUCUGAACCCGGGCAGGUUUGCGGGGUUUGCCGAGCUGCCCAUGCACGAACCCCAGGAGGCCGCGAGAGAGCUCCACCGGACGUGUGCAGGAAAGGACCACGGUGGAUUGGCAUUCGUCGGUGCUCUGGUUGACAGCCACACAGACAGCGGCCUAUAUUACGAUGGGCCGGAGUUUGAUGAGCUUUGGGAGACGGCCACAAGGCUGGACGUGCCCAUCUACAUCCACCCGACAUGGCCGUCGACGGCGCUCUUUGGCGCCUACAAGUCGCCACACAUCUCCGAUGACGUGACCACGGCCAUCCUUGCGUUUGGCUUCGGCUGGCAUAGCGACGUGGCGCUGCACAUCUUGCGGCUGUACGCUGCAGGCGUCUUUGACAGGUUCCCCAAGCUGAAGAUCAUCAUUGGGCAUAUGGGCGAGAUGAUCCCGUACAUGCUCCAGCGGAUGCAGCGGACAUCUUCGCGGUGGGGGAGGGAGAGGUCGUUCCGCGAAGUGUGGGACACGAAUCUGUGGCUCACGACCAGCGGAAAUUGGGCACUGGAUCCGCUGGCCUGCAUCCUGCGCAACACAAAGCAUGACCGGAUCAUGUAUAGCGUGGACUAUCCAUUUGCGAAAAGCCGCGACGGUCUGACAUGGCUGGAAGAGCUGGAGGGAAGCGGAAUGGUGAGCGAGGAAGAGCUGGAGGGAAUCCGCUGGAAGAAUGCGGCCAGACUGUUGAAGUUGAAUGUGGACUCAAUUUUGAAGGCUGCUUGA